UGCAGAGUUUGGCAGCUGUGGGGGCAGAGGAACCUGCACUGAUCACGACUCUUUUCUUGGCGGCCAUUCCUAAUGUGCUGAACCGGCUUGCUGCAGCAAGUGAAAGUGUCAAAUAGCAGAGCAGUUGUUAGACAUUCAAGGCACGUGGGGCAACAGAGAGGGAGCAAAGGUAUCCGUAGGGAAAAAAACUCGACAAAGAAGCAAGAAGCGAGGUUCGAGACAUUAGGUGUAGCUGCAGGAAGAAACUAGCCACCUUUUUUUAUCCUGCAUGGCUUUUGAAUCGGAGCUCCAGUCUCAGUAAAGCAAUUUAAGCCUUGCCCUGCUGUUUCGAUUCUCAUCAUCCAGACAGACAGGUGUGCACUUUGAAGUGGGAGGCACACGGCCAAUUGAGAAAUGUCAAGAAUUCCGCGCCUGCAGAGAUCACGGUCCCUGUCCGAUGAAUCAGAAGCUGCGGAUGGAGCAGAGCUGGAACCCGAACCAGAAGAUCUAGACUGGGAUAACUACAGUGUGACCCUGGAGGAGAAGAUAAAUGUCGAGCAGGGGGAGCUGGCUGCCUGUGAGCAGCGCUGCUCUCAGCUGCUGAAGGCGAAGCUGGAUCUAGAGACUCAGGUCGCUGAUCUGAGUGAGCGGUUGCUGGAGGAAGAGAUCACUGCCACUGAGCUGAGCGCACAGAGAUGUCAGCUACAAGCCGAGUGCCGCACUUUCAAGACGGGCAUUGAAGAAUUGGAGUGCACGCUGGUGAAAGCGGAGAGGGAGAAGCAGAGUUCAGAGCAGAAACUGUGGGCACUUACUGACGAGUUAAUCCAGAGAAAUGACACAAUAACCAAUCUUCUGAAAGAUAAGCAACAACUGGAAGAGCAGAUACAGUUUGAAUACAGUUCGGAGCAGGUGAAACAGCUGCGGACAGAUCUUGAGAGGGGGAAGCGGAAGCUGGAAGGAGACCUGAAGAUGACCAUUGACAGCCUGAACGAAAUGGAGAAGCUGAAGGUUGACCUGGAAGAAGUCAUCAAGAAGAAAGAACUGGAGAUAAAUACAGUGAGCACUAAACUGGAGGAUGAACAAUCACACACUGCUACUCUUCAAAGGAAGAUGAAGGAAUAUCAGGUCCGGGUUGAGGAACUGGAAGAGGAGCUGGAUGCAGAGCGAGCUAUGAGAGCCAAGGUGGAGAAGCAGCGAGCUGAUCUAACCAGGGAGCUGGAGGACCUCACCGACAGACUGGAGGAGGCGGGUGGAGUCACUGCAUCCCAGAUUGAGAUGAACAAGAAACGCGAGUCGGAACUGCAGCGUCUGCGGCGUGAGUUGGAGGAGGCCACUCAGCAGUCGGAGACCACGGCCGCCACUCUGCGCAAGAAGCACGGGGACACGGUGGCGGAGAUCACCGAGCAGUACGAGAACCUACAGAGGCUGCGCGUGAAAGCAGAGAAAGAGAAGCAAAACAUGAAACUGGAGCUGGACAACUUCAGCCUCACCAUCGACAGUCUGCAGAAAAGCAAGAUGGCCAGCGAUGCACAGAUUCGAAAGCUCGAAGACCUGCUGCUGGAAGCCACUUCCCGAAAUGAGGAUUUGCAGCGGUCGCUCACUGAACAGAGCCUCGGAAAAACCAGACUGGCAGCUGAAAAUAACGACUUGACUCACCAGCUGGAAGAGGCGGAGAACAAAAUAGGUCAAUUGAACAGGUUAAAGAUGAUCCUGACGUCACAGGUUGAAGAAUUGAAAAGGCAGAUUGAUGAAGAAUCAAAGUUGAAGAGCUCGAUGACGAUAAGCCUAGCGAGUGCCAAGCACGACAAUGAGGUGCUGAAGGAGCAGGUUGAGGAGGAGCAGGAGGGUAAAUCUGAACUGCAGCGGCUCAUCUCCAAACUGAACAGUGAGGUCACCCACUGGCGGACACGCUACGAAACGGACGCCAUCCAGAGAACUGAUGAGCUUGAAGAAUCCAAGAAAAAGCUGACGUCGCGACUACAGGAGGCUGAAGAGGCUGUGGAGGCUGCCCAAGCCAAGUGCUCUAGUUUGGAGAAAACAAAGCAGAGGCUGCAAGUAGAGGUGGAGGAGCUAAGCAUCGACCUGGAGAAGGCAAACGCAGCAGGUGUAACCCUGGACAAGAAGCAACGAAUGAUUGACAAGCAGAUUUCAGACUGGCGUCUGAAGUGUGAGGAGAUUCAGGCCGAGCUGGAAUCUUCACAGAAGGAGUGCAGGCAGUAUACCACUGAGCUCUUCAAACUGAAGACAUCCUAUGAGGAGCUGAUCGAACAACUCGACUCAAUUAAGCGGGAGAACAAAACAUUCCAAGAGGAGAUUACAGACUUGACGGACCAGCUGGGCGAGGGAGGGAAGAGUGUGCAUGAGCUGCAGAAAUCGAAGAAGAAACUGGAGAUGGAAAAAGAUGAGCUGCAGGCAACCCUCGAGGAAUCGGAGGCUGCACUAGAGGCUGAAGAAAACAAGGUGGUCCGGCUGCAACUGGAACUAACCCAAGUGAAGGCGGAGAUUGACCGGAGAAUCCAGGAGAAAGAAGAGGAGUUUGAGGCAACACGGAAAAAUCAUCAGCGGACUCUAGACUCGCUGCAGGCCAGUCUCGACGCAGAGGUGAAAGGUCGAGCAGAGGCACUGCGGGUGAGGAAGAAGCUGGAGAACGAGCUGAAUGAGCUGGAGGUUCAGCUGGACCAGGGCAACAAAAACAAUAGUGAGCUGCUCAAGCUACUGAAGAAGAUGCAGCAACAAGUGAAGGACAUGCAGAGCCAGAUGGAGGAGGAAGCGCGGCAGCACGAGGAACUUGGAGAGCAGCAUGCGCUGGUUGAGCGGCGCUCCGGUGCGCUGUCCGUGGAGCUGGAGGAGACCCGCGGAGCGCUGGACGUGACCGAACGCACCCGCAAACUCCUGGAGCAGGAGCUGAUGGAGAUGACUGACAAGUACAACGAGAUUAACACACAGUUCCAAGGGGCCGCCAUUGUCAAACGCAAGCUGGAGGUGGAGUUGCAGCAGCUGGUGACUGAGCACGAGGAACUGCUCAAUGAAUUCAGAGCCUCGGAUGAGAAGGCAAAGAAGGUGGUGGGUGAGCUUGGCAGGUUAGCGGAGGAGCUGCACCAUGAGCAGGAUCACUCUCUGCACUUGGAGCGUGUGCGCAAGGGUCUCGAGUCGCAGAUCAAGGAGCUGAACGGCAAGUUGGAGGAGGCCGAGCAGUUGGCCCUGAAGGGAGGAAGGAAGAUCAUCCAGAAACUGGAAGGACGGGUGAGGGAGCUGGAGGUGGAGCUGGACGCGGAGCAGAAGCGUCACGGCGAGACGGUGAAGACCUUGCGCAAGAACGAGCGGCGGCUGAAGGAGCUGGUGUUCCAGGCCGAGGAGGACCAGAAGAACCAGCACCGCAUGCAGGAGCUGCUGGAGAGGCUGCAGAGCAAGCUGAGGGCCUACAAGAGGCAGGUGGAGGAGGCAGAGGAGCAGGCCAACAUGAACCUGGCAAAGUACAGGAAGACGGUGCACGAGUUGGACGAUGCCGAGGAGCGCGCCGACAUCGCCGAGGCGGCACUCUCCAAAAUACGCACCAAGAACCGGGCCAGUUUCGGCAAAGGCUACUCUUCGGGUUACAACUCCCCCUUUGCAACGCUCGUCAGGUCUCCUAGCUCGGCUGGGUCAGAAGGAAGAGGAGAGAAGAUGCUGAACGAUGAUGAUUCGACCUCUCUCAUUCCCACGUACCUGAAUUCCCUCAAGAAGCUGAUCAUUGAAUAAUUCCCACAAACGGCCGCAUCUCACGCACUAAUUGGAGUGGACGGGGAAAGGCGGGCAGCGCUUGGCACUGGAGCUGCGUACAACAAAAAUGAUAUGGACUCCUCAGACCCUUUGCUGCAUGCAGGAGCUGCAAGUAUCUAUGGAGAAACAGACUGGUAGGAGCACCAAGUACAUGCUCAACCAAGUACACUCUCAACCAGGUACAUGCCCAACCACAAACAUGCUCAACCGCAUGCAUCUCAAGCACGUGCAUCUCAACAAUUUUUUAAAUCUUUCCUAAUUCAUUGUUUGCUUACAGGGUGUUUAGCAAUUGGAACCAAUGGAUUACAGCUGCAAUGCUCCUUACUACUGAUAGCUGAGAGACUGUUUGUAAUAAACUGUUAGCAACAAUUGAAUGCGUAGUGGGCAUAAUGAGACAGUAAACCAGUUAAACCCAGUCACUUAGUCCCAUGAUGAGAAUGCGCUUUGUUGUGUUCUAUCUUGCAGUUUUGUCUCCUGUUUCCAGGUUGUCAGUGAAGCUUCCUCCCUGCCAGACCCUUCAAACUCAGUGCAACAAAACUCGAAUUCCAAUUUCAAAACCACACUGGAACCGUUAAAAUUUAAAAGAGACCAAUUUUGGUAUCACUGAGAAAUUGCAUCAUAUUUAUAUUUUAUACAUAUUAUAUAUAUAUUGUGGAAUGCUUAGUUGACUUUAUUAUACGGCAUUUAAUCCCAUAUUUGCAGCUGAAUAGAUCUAGCUAGUCAUUUUAACCACCUCUGCUUUCAGUGUAAUCCAUGGCAAAUCAUAUUUUUGUGCAUUUUUAAAUGUAAUAAAGCAAUGUAAUCUUGAGAC